AUGGACGCAGCUACGGUGUUGCAAAAUUUUAACGACGCAAUUGUGGAAUUCAUACCUCGAGCUGAAAACGGAGUAGCUAAUGAUUUAGCUCAAGAAGCCUCUGGGUAUAGCCCGUCCGCUGGAGUAAAGUUCAAGUCAGCGCGAGUAAACGGGCAGGCCGAAACAGCCAAUAAAGUCAUAAUUGGAGUAAUAAAAAAGGCUAUGGAAGACAACCCGAGAAGAUGGCACGAAGUGUUGGGGGAGACUUUAUGGGCCUGCAGGUUGGAUGACGUACAUGAAGAUCGGAUGAUGGCCUUGGAGAAUAUUCGAGUGAAUAAAGUGAAAGUGGCACGAGCUUAUAACAAAAAAGUACACCGGCAAACAUUCCACGAAGGAGAUUUGGUGUGGAAAGCAGUGUUACCCGAAGGUUUCAAAGAUAACACAUUUGGGAAGUGGUCUCCUACAUGGGAAGAUCCGUAUCAA